AAUUUCCAUGAUUCUGUGUUUCCUUAGAAAUCUGAGACUGGGAGGCACUGGGAGAACUGGGCUUGGACCCCGAUGCCCAUCCCCCUGAAACGAGGGAGCGUUACAGCCUGAAAAUGCUCAGGGAAGGGUGAUGUGAGUGAAGGUUCUGUGGCUGUGUCUCACCAUGUGCCUGCUGGAUGGAGCCAGCCUGUGUGUCCCAGCUUAAAAAUAGGAGACAACUUGUGACUGGGUGAGAUCCCAGCAGGGAUCCGAGAUGGUGCCCAGGUCUGAUGGUGCUGUUGGCACUGGAUGAGGAGAGGGAGGUGCUGGCGUUUCCUUGUUGUCCUCUUCAAAGCUGCUCUCAGCAGCCCGCAGACAAUCAGAACAUUGUCGGACACUGAAACAUGUUCCCUUUCCCACCCCACAUUCUGUAGCCCAAGGCUACAGUAGCCCAAGGCUAUUUUCUGGAUUUUGGUAUGAUGGAAAUAAAGGAUUGCUGGGGACAGAAGGGCAGGAGAAGAGCUCCGGUUCCUGUUGUAAUGACUCACUCCUGCCCUCAACGAUGGCAUAGUCAGUGCACUUUUUGGGGGGGUAAAAUAAGCACUAAGCAGCGACAGGUUUAUUUUUGGAACGUUUUGCUCUGUGGUGGGCACACAGACAUGUCACGGGUCUGCUUCCCACUUAGCACCUGACACCGCAUUGCACAAGAGCCGGUGGCUCUUGGGAGUUUCUCCCUCUAUUAUAGGAAAUCAAUCCAAGCUUCAGGUUUUAGGUGUAGAGGUUUAAAUAAAAUAUGAGCUCUCCUCACGGUUAUGAUUAUUGGCACCUUGUGCCUCUCCAUCUCUGAAGUGUAAGUGUGGCAGGGGCAGAGGCUCAGCUGACUCUGGCUGUCCAUGCUGGUCCCUCCUCACUGCCAUGCCAAGCACUGGGAUAUCAGAGCCCUGCUCCCCAUGGCAGGCUGCAGGUUGGGUGUUUGUUUCUGGCUCAGCUGAACUGAUGUGUGGUGGCUCCAUGCAACGAAUUCCUUGAUGAAAUGGUUUAAAUAUUGUCCCAUCCUUUAGCUGUUUCAUUAUUUCACGCCAAGGGAAGUUUAUAUCCAUUAUAAUAGGUGGAAUUUGUGUUUUCUCUGAUUUUUCUGUCCUCAUUUUGUUGUGCUUAAAGCCCUCCAGAGUUUCCAGAGGAAGGACACUCUUCCAAGUACAGCCCUCAUUCAUGAGAUGGAUGUGAUGGCUUAGCAAUAGCUAAGCCACUCUGGUACAUUUCCCAAUAAAUAUUGUACAGGCUGGACUGCACUCCCAAGUCUCGGCAUUGCUGGGAAGAAACAUCCUGUCCGGUAAGCAAUAUGCACCGCUGGCAUACAGCCUCUGGUUUAAUAAUAAUUUAUGUAAUUCCAGAGGAAAAUCCUUUUUCUGUCUUCACCUGCUGCCUCGUACCUUUCCACAAGAACUCGUGACAUUCAAAGCAAUAUUAAGGAGAUGGAUGGAAUGGCUGUGAAGGUCCAGCUCUAUCUCCCACACGGAAUAGAAAUCCUCCAGAGGAAAAGCAGUGGAAAUGGAGCCCAAUGAAGACAGAGCAGGAUGGGUGCCCAUCCCUGAGUCUCCCUGCUGUACCCCUAGUCACUUGGAUACCCCCCUGCCGAACCCUGGGAGCCUUUGGGGGCUGUUGGUGCUGUGCUGUGCCUCAUUUCCUCAGGGAAAUUACACAAUCCCUACAAGUCCUACGGGAGUCCUGACAGAACAGAAACAAUCCCUGGCAAAGUCCCCACAGAAAAGAGAUCUUGUUAUUGUCACCCAUCCCUCCUGUAGGUCCCCAGUGCUGUCCAGCACCUCACAGCUCUGGGAAUUUCCCAGACAAUUUUCCAGAGCAGCAGCAGGAGCAGGCCUCAAUCCCCGCUCCCUCUGUGCUCUGCUUCCCUGAGGGGCUCUCCCAGACAGCUGAUUUCCAUUUAACAUUUCCUUUUGGAAUUUUUCUGGCUGUUGUCAGCUCCAUCCCAAGCAAAUCCUGACCAACAGUGGGACACUGAGCCAGCAUCUCAUGGCUGUGUCCCUCCCAAGACAGAGAUACUGUAUAGGACACGGCUCUCCAUCCCUUCUUUAAGGAAGCCAGAGUCAUUCUUUUACCUCUGUUGACUCACAGCUUCUUUCCUGCUUUCUGACUGGAGGAGGGUCAUGAAUCCUUCCCUGAACACAGAAACCUCUUGGCUUCUCAUGUCACCUUACUUAUGCAACAAUUAUCUCUUAGAAAGAGAUAUUAUUUAAAUACCUCUUAGAGACAAGUAUUGGAAAUCUUAGAAAAUAUCUGGAAAUAGGUAACUGCCUUUGAGUAAACAGAGAGUGAAUUAGCUAGUCAUUCCUAGUUAGGAUUUCAUUGUGGCUAAUAAAUACUCCAUAAACACCAAAAAUGAUAGUUUAUAAAUACCUCAUAAACACCAGAAAGGAUGGUUUGUAAAUCAGCUCUGAAAAUCCACAUUAAUUAUGGGAUUCAGGCAAAGUGAAUGACUUGCAGGUUACGAGCCUUGCCACAAACAAGUCAUUCUGCCUGGAGAGACAGGAACAGUAAAGGUAUGACAUAAUGAUUAGACAAAAAAAUCCACAGCAGUAUGAAGUAGGUCUAAAGAGACACUUUUUGUUGGUCUAGGAUAGGAGGGAAACAUUACAAGGCUGAUAGAAGUGGAUUUAAAAAAGGUGGGAGAACACCACAGAGUCAGUGAUGCAGCAAGGACUGGAGAAAUUAAGACACGAUAACCUGGAAAACCACAAAUGGUUUGGGAAGAAUGAGCUUGGGAAGGACUGAGAAGUGUUUCCUCCACAAGUGCUUUGACUAGAGACAGAAAUUCCUUAAUUCAGAGAUAGAAACACAAAUAGGAAUGAUAAUAUCUGCAAAAAUUGGUUUUGUUGCCCAGUGUGCAACAAGCCAAUAAUGAGAGAAGAGACACUGGUGAUUUAUUUCAGAGUUGAGUGCCCAGUGUAAUUUCACAAAUCCAGCACCCCAACUAUCAAAACUUUUUACUACUUAUACAUUUUAGGUCAGUGGGUUUCUUGGGUCACUGGUCAUGAUUUCCCCCUGCCAGAAUCACCUUUUACCCCAUCAGAGUUGAUUUCAGCACAAUUGCUGAGUUGGCUUUAUUAGUUUCUUCCUUAUCUUGGGAGUUCUGCCAAAUGUCGCUGUGGCCUGUAAAUUCUGCAUUCUUUGCAUCCGCUAUCAGUGGAAAUCCUUCUUCCUAAGCUUUGUUAACCUCACCCCAAGGUCUGAAAUCACUGGAACAUGUGGAGCCCUAAACCUUAACAAAGCAAUUCUACCCACAAGUAAUUUGUUUUUCUAACACCUGAACAUCACUUAGAGCUCGUUAGUUGCUGGUUCAUGGAUUAAAUCUCCCUUCUUGUUGAUUAGGCUUGAAAGUAUACAAAGAUUAAACAACAGAGAACAUCAAUUCUGAAGAAAAUUUUACACAUUGCACGUUUUGCAAUAUGACCAGGCUGUAAGAAAGCCAACCAUGAACAAUUCAUGAAAUGCGUUGAUUUUUGAGCGCCCUCCACAGGCGCCGGCGGCCAUUUUGGGGGGUGAGGGCGGGCGGCACCUGGGCGGGAACGGGCCGUGAGGGAGAGCCGAGCCCAUGGCGGGGCCCUGCGGGCAGGAAAGGGUCGUGAGGGAGAGCCGAGCCCAUGGCGGGGCCCUGCGGGCAGGAAAGGGUCGUGAGGGAGAGCCGAGCCCAUGGCGGCGGCUGUGGCGGAACGGGGCGAAGAGGAGCCGGGGGUGGCUCUCAGCCCACGGCCGCCUUCUCCUGUCAAGCACCGGGCUGUGCGUGCUGCACUCUGCCCGCAGAGAGAGCGUGCGAGAGGCGGCGUUUGAGGAAAUUCCUAAUAAACCAAGAGACACGCGACUCGUGAUUGUGAUACACAACGACUCUGUUUUAUCCGUUAGUGUGAGGGAGACAAAGUCAUGGAAUCACAGAGUAUUCCGAGUUGGAAGGGACUCACGCGGACAUGGAGUGGACCUUGAUGGCCAUGGCCUCAGGGCUCGGUGAUUUCCCCGGGGAGGGCUGAGGAGCCCUGUCAGGGCAUCCCUGCCCCGCUUAAUGACAGCGGGGGCGGAAAGCAGAGCUGUAUUAAGUGUUUUAAAACACAAUCAGACUUAAGCCGGGAGAUGCUCAGGGUGACUUAAAGCCGGCAGAGCCUGUCAGUGCUUGGGCGUCUGCGGCGAGGGGGGCUGAGGAGAUGCGCCUUUGUGCGUGGAGUGAGAGGGAUGGAGCAGCAGAACUCGGCUCCAGCGGCUGUAACUCAAGUGGUCGUGCUGGUAAUUUAUUUAUUUUCAUGGGGGUUUUGAGGGGAAGGCUGGAUAUAUGGAGGCACGGAGCCUCCCCUCCCUUCCGCGGCGGCGGAGAUCCGGGCGGGGGGCGCCGCUUCCCUGAGGUUGGAACACACCUUCCCGGGGCUGGAACACACCUUCCCGGGGCUGGAACACACCUUCCCGGGGCUGGAAUACCGCUUUCCCGGGGCUGGCAGGCGAUUCCAGUCCCGUUUCGCUGCUCAGUGGAGCUGAUGGCUACAGCCCACCUCUGCGUAGGGCUGUGUAAACUUGGAGGAACUCGGGUAUUUUCAGUGCAGACCUUCACUCGCAUCGCCGCGCAGCCAAGAUGCCCGAGCAGAGCAACGAUUACAGGGUGGUGGUGUUCGGAGCAGCCGGGGUUGGCAAAAGCUCCUUGGUCCUGCGUUUUGUAAGGGGGACUUUCCGGGAAACCUAUAUCCCCACCAUCGAGGACACGUACCGGCAGGUGAUCAACUGUGACAAGAGCAUCUGUACGCUUCAGAUCACGGACACCACGGGCAGCCACCAGUUCCCUGCUAUGCAGCGCCUCUCUAUAUCCAAGGGGCAUGCCUUCAUCUUGGUGUACUCCGUCACCAACAGGCAAUCCAUGGAAGAUCUUCAUCCCAUCUUCGACCAGAUAUGUCAGAUUAAAGGGGACAUCCAAAAAAUCCCCAUAAUGUUGGUGGGGAACAAAAGUGAUGACACGCAGAGGGAGCUGGAUGCCAGCGAGGGGCAAGCUCUGGCCAGCAAGUGGAAGUGUGCUUUCAUGGAGACAUCGGCCAAAAUGAACUACAACGUGCAGGAGCUGUUCCAGGAGCUCCUGAAUCUGGAGCAGAGGAGAACUAUCAGUCUCCAGGUGGACGGAAAGAAAUCCAAGCAGCAGAAAAAGAAAGAUAAACUGCAAGGCAAGUGCUCUGUUAUGUGAUUGCCUUUGGCUCUACUUGCUGCACAGUGUAGUCAGAGCGUGGAUUCCCAUGGAAAACACAUUUCUGCCGGAUGAUUUGGAGGAAUCCAUGCCUUACAGAGCUGUUGCUUUUCUCUAAAACCCCCACUGGAUUAUUUUACAUGUUGGUUUUAAAGAGGAUGCCUUCUGCAUGUUUAUUUUUUUAAACCAAUAAAUGUUCCAUGUUAACAAUUA